GUCCUAACUACCGGCCAAUCUUGGGGGUCGUCUUCUUCUCCAGAGAACGACCGCUACUUCUCCAUCGAAACCCUAGAAAACCCUACCUCAUCCCUCAUCCUUCUCCGUCAUUACCAAUGGCCUCCGAUCCCAACUCCCCCGACGUCUCCGAACCGAUCCCGAACCCUAGCCCCAAGGAGGAGGAACGUUUGGCCUCGAUCAGCCUGGAGGAGCCAGAAGGCAAUCAUGUCGCUGUAUCUCGUCUUUUGAGCAACGGAUCAUCACUGCCUGCUGACUUCCACGCGGAGGACGAGAUCGAAGUCGUAGAGGAAGAGUUGUUGGGAGAGGGAUCGUCUUCUCAUGGUGGCGGUGGUUGGAGAGAGAUAUCGGAGCAGGAUGGCGAAGCAGUGCCCUGUAGUCCUAGCAGCAGUGGGUAUGCUGGUGAGAGAGGGAGCAGCGGGCCAUCGAGUGGGAUUGAAGAGGUUGAUGAUGGUGUAACCUUGCAAGAUGAUUGGGUUCCUCGAAAACGGCAUGAUGAUGAGGAUGAUGCCUCUGUUUCAUGGAGGAAGCGAAAGAAGCAUUUUUUCAUACUGAGCCACUCUGGGAAGCCAAUAUACUCUAGGUAUGGAGAUGAGCAUAAGUUGGCUGGUUUUUCUGCAACCCUUCAAGCCAUUAUUUCCUUUGUGGAGAAUGGCGGUGAUCGAGUAAAAUUUGUGAGGGCAGGGAAGCAUCAGGUAGUUUUCCUUGUGAAAGGCCCAAUAUAUUUAGUAUGCAUUAGCUGUACUGAAGAGCCAUACGAAGCCUUGAAGGGACAAUUAGAGCUUAUCUAUGGGCAGAUGCUCCUAAUUUUGACAAAGUCGGUUAAUAGAUGUUUUGAGAAGAAUCCAAAAUUUGAUAUGUCACCCUUGCUUGGGGGAACUGAUGCGGUUUUCUCCUCUCUGAUCCAUGCGUUUAGCUGGAACCCAGCUACAUUUCUUCAUGCAUAUACAUGCCUUCCUCUAGCUUACUCGACAAGGCAAGCUGCUGGUGCUAUCUUGCAAGAUGUUGCUGAUUCAGGAGUCCUUUUUGCAAUUUUGAUGUGCAAGCACAAGGUUGUCAGUCUUGUUGGAGCACAAAAAGCCUCACUUCAUCCUGAUGAUAUGCUCUUACUUGCUAAUUUUAUAUUGUCUUCUGAAUCUUUUAGGACAUCGGAAUCCUUCUCACCAAUCUGUUUGCCAAGAUAUAACCCUAUGGCGUUUCUAUAUGCAUAUGUCCAUUAUCUUGAUGAGGAUACAUACUUGACAUUGCUUACUACCAGUUCUGAUGCUUUCUACCAUCUCAAAGAGUGCAGGCUUCGUAUUCAGGGAGUUCUUGUGAAAUCAAAUGUUCUUGUUGAAGUUCAGAGAUCUAUGCUGGAUGGUGGUCUGCAUGUUGAGGACCUGCCCGUUGAUUCUUCUCGCCGAUCUAGAUCUGUCUCACCUUACUCAAGUCAAGAAAAUAACAUAUCUGGAUCUCUUCGCCCUCAUAUGGGCCUUGGUGGUCCAGCUGGACUGUGGCAUUUCAUAUAUCGAAGUAUUUACCUUGAUCAAUAUGUGUCGUCAGAGUUCUCAUCACCAAUAAAUAAUUCUGUUCAACAGAAACGAUUGUACAGGGCUUAUCAGAAGCUGUUUGCUUCCAUGCAUGAUAAAGGAACUGGUCCACAUAAAACCCAGUAUAGAAGGGAUGAGGAUUAUGUCCUACUAUGCUGGAUUACUCAGGACUUUGAACUUUAUGCAGCAUUUGAUCCACUUGCGGACAAGGUUUCUGCAAUAAAGACAUGCAAUCGCGUCUGUCAAUGGGUUAGAGAUUUGGAGAAUGAGAUAUUCUUAUUAGGAGCCAGUCCCUUUUCUUGGUGAUCUUUGCAGCUGCAUGCAAGGUCUUAUUAUUGUUCUGCAUCUAAUAACUAUGUUAGCAUCUCUCAAUACCGACAUUAUAGGUCCAGCUAUAUCAUUGAUUUGUAUACCUGUUGAGUCUUAUAUGCCAACUUUAUUCUUAUACAUAGAAUUGUAUAUUAUGAUUUUGGAAAGUUAUGAAUAUCUUCUCCAGCAUGUUUUAGUGAUC